AUGGCAUCCGCCAUGGUUUCCAAGUCCUCCAAUAAGUUCUUCUUUAACAAAACCUUCAAGUUAAUCACCUUCCCAAGAUUCCUUCGUCCCUGUCCCAAGUCAUCAAAUGCCAGCCCCCAGGAAGAGCCUUCCAUUAGCACCAAAAGAGAAGACGACGACGACGACGACGUAUUGGACCAGAAGAAGGAGACGCUGAGGCAUGUUUUCGAUCACUUCGACGUCGACAAGGAUGGCAAGAUUUCAUGCGACGAACUCAUGCACUACAUGGCAUCGGCAGGCGACUCGGUGACGCAUAACGGAGCGAAAAGGGUGAUCCGUGACUUCGAUUCCGACGGCGACGGUUUAUUGGGGUACGGGGACUUCGUGCGAUUGUUAGAACACAAAGACACGGGCGAGUCCAGCGAUGAUGAUGUUCUGAGGAGUGCCUUUCAGAUGUUUGAGGUUAGUAAAGGCUGUGGCUCCAUAACGCCUAAGGGCUUGCAGCAAAUGUUGCAACAGUUGGGAGACCUGAAAUCCCAUGAGGAGUGUGCCGCUAUGAUUCGAGUGUUCGAUCUUGACGGCAACGGGUCUCUUGAUUUCCAUGAAUUCCAGCAAAUGAUGAUGUCUUCACCUUCUUAA